UGGGUCUGGUACGAUACGAAGCCAGCAAAAGUUUCAAAGAGGGUGUGGCUAGUAAUUCAAAAAACGAUGGGGCUCCUCGUGGGUGGGAAUCACACCUCCUCCAGAGCCGAAUUUUCAAAAUGAAGACAAUGAUGGAUUUAAAGGCUCUGAAAUCGCAGAUCCUUCAUGGGUCUUUGGCCAGGCGUGUGUUUUUCCGCGCUUUCUUUAUCGCCGCUGCCAUGUCCGUUAUACCCUUGAUUCACAUUUUGUCAGGACCCUAUAUAACAAUGUUCACUUUUGUGAAUCCGGGUGACUGCGCCUCCGAAAUGGGCCAUACCCAUGUCGACUUGGCCCCGGGAAAGUUCAACUUUCAGAGUCGUUACCUGAAUCCCUUUUGGGGCUCUUUUGAUUCGGACCGGUGCAUGCAAGAUGUGAACUUGACUGUCAGUGUGGUCAGAGAGCUUAUGGGCAAGCAGUUAUUGAAUUAUGGUACAAAAGCUCUCUGUAUUGGAGAAGGCUCCGCCUCAACCGUGUUGGCGUUGCAAGAUUUGGGUUUCCCCAAUGCUCGUGGUGUUUAUGAACGCCGGUUCUUCUCACUCAAGCGCAAACAGUUCGUUUACGAAAUUGACUAUGAGGACAAAUCUUUUGAUUUUGUGCUCUCCAGGGAUCUAGAUAAGGUUUCUGUCCCUGCGCUUCUUGUGCUCGAGAUCGAGCGUGUACUUAGCCCUGGUGGGAUUGGGGCAAUACUUGUGGGUAGCAGCAUUUCCGCCCCGAAUAGCUUGAUUAGGUCUGCCACCCCAAUUUCUUCGUUAUUGAAAAGUUCCAGCGUUGUGCAUGUUAACCACAUCGGUAACUUCACUUUGGUUGUGUUCAAGAAAAAUUAUGAAAAUGCAGGGCUUUUUGAGAAGUAUCGCCUUCCGGCUGACUGCCAAUCUCUCACAAACAAUCGACCUUUCAUUGGGAAAAUGGAGCCUCUUGUGAAGGAAAAGCCAGUCGAUUAUGGAAAGAAGUUCAAUUAUUUGCCUAAUAUUGUUGAUCUUUCCUCAAAGAAGCGCUUGGUCUAUGUUGAUAUUGGGGCAGCGGAGCACCUGAACUCAAAUGCUAAAAAUUGGUUCCUGCCCUCUUAUCCCGUCGAACGCAAAGCUUUCCAUACUUAUUUUGUUGACCACAACACUUCUGUUCUAUUGUCCUAUGUCAAAAAGCCAGGAAUCACCUUUGUUUAUCAUCCAGGGCUGGCUGGAAUUAAGGCUCAAGUCAAUGUUACAACUGAUGGAGAAACAGAGCCAUAUGUGGGAGAUGAAGGGUUUGAUUUCCAUGCCUGGUUUAAGGAAACAGUGCAGUUUGCAGAUUUCGUGGUCCUAAAGAUGAAUGCAGGGAAUGUAGAACUGAAGUUCCUCACGGAGCUGUUUGAAAGUGGAGCCAUAUGCUUUGUAGACGAGCUGUUUCUUCAUUGCUCCGGCAGUGUUGAUGCAGGAGGUGCAAUGCCGGUGGACUGCAUGGACAUCUUCGGAAGCCUCCGUAGCAGUGGUGUCUUUGUCCAUCAGUGGUGGGGAGACGGCAACCCUGUUGAUGUUCUGUGAUCUGUUGGGUUUGAUCAUGUUUCAACCGUGCUGUUGUGUUAUGUUGUUGUUGAACUCGGUAAGUUACCAUGUAGGAUGUGGGGGACAUUAAUAGUCCCUACAUCAAAAGUUGCUUUAAUGGUUGGGCACUUAGGUUAAAAUAAACAACCAUUGUUAUCUUGUGUGGUGUGUACUGUUUAAGUACUUUGUGUAGGAUGAAAAACAUCCAAGUUGUUGCUUCAUGAUUGGUUGGCCAUUUGAGCUUUCCAACUUGGUAACUUAUUAAUCGUAUGUUCUAUGUGUGUUUUAUA